AGCGCUGGGUGAUGCGCUUGGUCCCCCACCCCAUCUCCCAUAAGUGUGACUUUUUGCCCCACAAAAGCAUGACCUUUUGUUCCCUUCAUAUCAAAAAUGUAAGAUCUACUUUCCCUGACUACAAAUGGAAGAUAAAGAAUGAAUGAAUCCACCUCAUCUACUUUCGUUUGUUCAAUUAUUUACCUGUAGGAAUCACCGCUUUAUUCUUUCGCAUUGUGCAGGAUAUGUUGUAGGCUAGUACAUGAAGCAAACUGAAGGCAGUCAGAUAGCAUUAGAUUGAUUUGUACAAUGUAGGUCUAUGAUUAGAUCUUGAGUUAAUCCUGUAGUUAAUAAUGAGUUGACUUGAGCUCGCAUGAUUGAAUUGUAUUUGACGUCGUCGAAAAAGAUAGGAAGGAAGUUUAACCUGAUGUUUGGAGUUGGUUCUUGUUAAAGUAGAAACUAGAAAAAGUUAAGAUGGUUGACGAGAAGUACACCGGGCGGUUGCCUUCUUCUCCAGAGCAAAGGCACGAAAAUGGUGUCUAUAGUGAGAAUGGCAAGGACACCAGUGAUCUGGCGCCCUUGGCAGUCCGCAUACCACCACCUGAGGUGAUGUCUUUCGGUGGCAGUCUGAAGCGGAUGCUGGACCUAGAAGGCACUACUGGAGCUCAUGCUCUGCGAGGGUUGCUAGAAAGAGAAGGAGAAAGCAACCUGUGUUUUAUCGACUUAGAGCAGUCAUGCAGGGACCACGACGACGACUGCGGUGCGACGAUGGUGGAGCAUCUUGCGCACCUAGACGACGAGCAGGAUAUUGGCCUACUUUGCGGCAGCAAGAUACAACAAGGCGACGAUCUAAGUCCUUCAGCCCGUUCUACAACGCAACCUUUUCGUGUUUUCGAAGAGGGUAAGGGUGCUUAUAGUACCAGCCCAAUGAUGACUAUGACUGGUCCAGCUGCGGGUCCGUUAGGUGUGAUUCCAAGUAGCAGUUUGGAGUUGGGAGAUUUGACCUCAGCAUCCUCAGAGAGGAAAGGAUUAGAAUUAACUUCUGGAUCGGUGAGCAAGACAAGUGAGGGUCCUGGACCUGGACCUGGAGAAGAGCAAGUACAAGGCCAGCAGCACCAAGGAGGCGAUACCAUGAGAUUAGCUUUUCCAGAAGUACAAGUGCCAAGGCGACUUCCAUCUCCCUCCUCAGCUUUUCCAGAAGUACAAGUGCCCAGGCGACUUUCAUCUCCCUCCUCAUCACCUGAGGACGCAGAUCGAAGAUUAGCGGAACAUCUAGCGGACGAGCUACUUAUCCGGAAUAGAAGUACAGGUAGCUCUGCGGCGGACAUAGGGACCCACGGAAGAUGCUUCACAUUCGGAAAAGAGGAUGUUGAUUACAGCGUUGUAGAGCAAGGAGUAGUUGAAGGCCAAGCUCAUCAAAGCGGCGUUGCUGAAGAAGAGAAUGUACUAAAUAUUCGUGCCACGACCGCUCCGUGUUUGCAAGAUGAGUCUUGUUUUGUAGUUCCUUCUGUUGAGCUUGCCAAGGAGAACCAUGUUGAAGUUCUAACUGGUAGAGAGCCUGGCUUCGCGCUGAAUCGUGACGACUACGAUGAAUUUGCCUGUGCUGACCACGAUGGCGGUAAUCCUGAUCCUUCCACUGACAGGCGGAAUCUCGAUGAUUAUAGGUUAAUAUCGGAUGAUAGCGGAGAGCGCACUCCGGCUUUUGGCGCGAAUGGGCCACGCAUUCCAGAUAUCGCUACACGAAGCGACAUAGAAGGUCCCAAUAUCCCGAGUUUGCGUACCAGUUGUUUUAGUACUCAAUACAACAGACCUUCGAGUCAGUACAAUGGGGGACCUGCUUCGACGAGAGGAGGACAGGAGAUUGGGCUUGGCUUUGGGGGUAGUCAGCGGACGACUGAAGUUUCUAUUUCCCCACACCAUGACAACUUACGCGACAGUACUUCUACUAGGGAAUAUGGUACACUUUCUCCUGCGGAUCACGUAAUGCUAGGAGAUCCGACAUCCUACCCUACUCACGUUUACUCCCAUGGAAGUGACGACUAUCGGCAGCAACGAGCGCAGUUGCCAAAAACAGUAAAAAGAAUGAUGGAUCUAUUCAACAACGAGUGCGGAUCUUUGUUCUCGCGACAGCUCCAACAGGAAUACGAAGAUGUUCUUGAUGGAGCGGCAAGAACAGGAUGUGACUCAUCAAGUAGUGCAUCAAAAAACCUGAAAAAUUUGAAUAGUCCCAGUGGAGAGCAUUGCUCUACCCCUUCUACUACGCCUGGGAGUAGCACGCCUCCACUGGAGGGCUCAUCUCCAAGACAUGGCACUUCUAUUGCCCAAGGAUUUCAGCCUGCACCCAGAAUUAUAUCACUAAAACAAGAGGACGAGGAGUACGAAGCACAUCUUCAAGUUCAAAGUAUAUUAAAUGAAAAUGGACAUGAUCCAAUACAAAGUGGUCAUCCGGGAUCUGCCACACCUUCAGGAUCACAAGAGCCACAGAAGCAAGCUACACCAUCACAACAAGAGGGAGCUAUCCGUGUUAAGCACAAACGGAAUCGGCCCACUCAGGCAGGCGACAGCUUUCCUCGUUCAAGCGUUUUUGAUUGUAGGAAGCUGCACGAAAAGCUGAGCGACAAGGAGUGGGCGGCUGCCAAACAGGACAUGGCAGAGCAACUGCAACAUGCGCUCACAAGAGCACCAGAAUGGCCUUUAGAUAAGACGAACAAGGAGAAGAGUGUCAAUGCAUCGAGUUCUGAAGAUGGUGAAGUUGGGACAACAACGGGGGAAACUGCCUCUUCCGACGUAGAACAUCCAGAGGAGCCAAGCAUCCCCUUCCCAUUAGCUAUGGAAUUAGCCGAAGGCCUCUGCGAUUUGGCAAAGUUUAUUGCAGAAACCUGGCUAUUUACGAAGGGCAAAGUCGCGGAAAAAAUGCUGCAUCCUGAGAGUCGAGAUCGACAGAAACUAGUUUGGAUGUCCCAGUGUAUUGUGCGGUCACCCGAUGACGAAUUCUGUUCCGACGGACCUUGUUGGCACAUUGACGAGCACUUUUAUUAUUUGCAUGGAGUGGUCACGUUUUUGUCAGUGACGACCCAAUUGGUGGACAUUCGGGAUGAAGUCGGAGGUUGCGGCAGAGUAGUACCGAAGGAGAAGUAUUGGGACGAAGCCAGAUGGAGAAGGCGAAAAGCAGAAUUAGAAAAAGAAGAACGGGAGAAAGAGGAGGAAGAACGAAGAGAGCAGGAGGAAGAAGAAGCGAGGGAGAGGGGAGAGACGAGUCCAAAAGAAGCGAACGAAAAAACCUCAACUGGUAGUUCGAACCAGCCUGAGGCUGAGGUCAAAAAAGAAGCUCUUGAUCUUGAUCUUGACAAACAGGAACUCCUCCAAAAUGACCCCGUUGAAGAAGCUGCAGACAAGGACCCCAUCGAGCCCGCUUUCAGUGAUCCCGACUACUAUGAGCGAUUCUCCCCUAUUCGCCAGUUUGCUAUCAAAGAACACACCAUCGGAAAGCCUCGGGAGAUGACGGAACAAAGAUUCGAGAAGUAUCCUGAUUUGCACAGUUCCGAAGUAAAGCGGGUGUUGGAGCCACGAACUGGGCGGGACUUUGUUAUGUACUUCGGCGGUGAAGCGGAGCGGCCACAGAGUCUGCGGAGAGCAGCCAUUCAUCAGGGACCGCAUAAAAACGAUGUCUUUCGGCGAAAAGGAAGAGUCUCGUUCUUCUUCGCGAUUUUCGAUUGGGCAUGAUGAUCAUUUUGAAUGUAGUAGCACUCUAGAAGAAGAAAAGUCGUCUUAGACUCUGACUAUCAUGUCUUCGUAAAGUUGUUUGCUUAAAAAUGUCCAUUUCCCCUUGUAUGAUUUCAAUUAAUUCCCCUCUUUUCCCACAUCAUCCCAGUUCAAAAUCAAAUGCCAAAUGCAUCCUUGAGCUUAAUAUUGAGUGGUAUCUUUCUGGUUCCUGCAGACGCGUUGUGCCUUUGAAGUUGAUGUAAGAAUGAACUUGUUCUUAGUGAACAUGCACUCUCUAACUAUGAAUGUGACGGCCAAGAAGUAGUCGUUGUAUCGAUUGAUUCCCGCACGAGCAGGUGUAGUUCUUCAGCG